CAGCUAACUGACGUGAACUAUCGCUGCCAGAAAUCCACGCAGCGUUCAAACUGAGAGCCGGGGUCAUUGUCAUCGGGGCUGGAAGCUGUUUGCUCUGCGUCUGAAAUCAUCAGUCAUGGAGAACGAUGCUUGUGUGGAGCAGAAGAAUGGCGAUGCUGCUGUCGACCAAGUCAAACAGCCAACAGUCACAGCUCCCUUCAGAUACACAAAGGAGGAGCUUCUGGAAAUAAAAGAACUGCCAGUCUCCAAUGAAAGGCCAGAGUGUCUCUCUGAGAAAUAUGACAGUGAAGGUGUCUGGGACCCUGAGAAGUGGCACGCCUCACUGUAUCCCACUUCAGAGCGUAGCUCUCCAGUGGAAGGUUUUAAGAAGGACUAUGCAGAUGAAAGAGUCCCUUUGAAACGAAGAAUCCCAGAUCCUCGUGAGCGGUUAAAGGAGGAUGAUCUGGAUGUCGUACUGAGCCCACAGCGACGCAGCUUUGGAGGCGGAUGUCAAGGCAACGCUGCCCUUGCGCCCCACGCCCGUCGCCCUAUCAGCCCCCUGGAAAAUAAAGAGAAUGAGAGUCUCCGUCUAGGAGCCGCACGCAGAAUUGGCAGUGGCCGCAUAAUUGCUGCUCGAGCGUUCGAAAGAGAAGCCCGUGCUGAGAAGGAGAGGGAACGUGAGAGAGACUUUAAGGAUAAAAGAUUCAGGAGAGAUUUCUGUGACAAACGUGUGUUUAGUGAAAGGAGAAGGAACGACUCUUACGCAGAGGAGGAGCCAGAGUGGUUCUCCGGCGGACCCACCAGCCAGUCUGAGACGAUUGAGCUCAUUGGAUUUGACGACAAAAUCCUGGAAGAUGAUAAGCGCAGGUCCAAGCGGUCAAGGAAGCGGGCAGAGUCUUUAAAAGAAGCAGUGGAAUGUAAUGGUGGACAGGCUGGAGAGCAAGAUGUGGGUUUGCAGUCUUCUGCCGAUCAGGAGGUUCCACACCCUGAUGUUCUGCCCGAACAAUCAACUGGAGACUUCGACUUCAACGAAUUCUUUAAUCUGGAGAAGACGAUGCCAGGACUGGCCUCUAUGAUAGAGGACGUUUUGGGGGAGGGCCCCGUGUCGGCCAGCCGCUUCAGUCAGUGGUUCUCCAGUAACAUGAGCCCCUCAGGCAGCCAGUCAAGCAGCCUGAGAUCCACUCCCCAUGAGGAGCUGGAAAAACUUGCAGGGCUGGAGCCACGUUGCACAUCUCCUGGCCACGGGCCUGUCCCAUACUUCACACCUAUUCAAUCAUCGGACUGCAAGGAGAAGGUGGACAUCUUGGAGUUGCUGCAUAAGGCCAAAAUAGACCUGAAGCCUCUUCUUUCUACCCUGACGGUCAACAAAGCUCGUCUACGGGAAAGCACUAACUGUGGAGCGGUGCUCUCGCUGGAGGAAGUGGAAGGAGGGAUGAAGGGGAUGAAGCUGGGCUCAGAGCCACAGGUGCGAAAGGUGCCUCCUCCACAGAGGGGCAAUGGCACGCCUUUCAUGGCUGAACAUUUAGAGGAGGCUUUAACCGGGGGCCCCAGCGCCCGUCCACAUUCACGUGACUCGGACAUGUCGGCCUUUAAUAAACUGGUCAGCAGCAUGAAGGCAAGUGGAACUCUGCCAACUCACCCCAAAACCAACACGAACAAUCAACCUUCAGAUCCAGCUGUGGUGAGCGUGUCUGAGGCUCCAGUGCCUGCUCAGCAGCAGAAGAACAUAUUUCAGGAGCUCUUGGGAGGUCCUGCUCGUAGUGGCUCCCCUGCGCUACUCAGCAAUCUGUUGGGAAGUUCUGAGGGUCCAGUGACCUCUGCCCCUCUCCAUGGCCUACUACACAAGGGUCCGUCACCACCUCUCUUCCCACAGAGGGCACCCUCACCUGACUACUUCAACAGCCGGUUGCAAACCUCAGCAGGUUUUCCUGUUGGUCCUCAGCCCAUGCUGCCAGAACAGUUUGCUGAUGUGCACAGGUCCAUCAGCCCUGGAUCUGCUGCACAGCAACAGAUGAGGGCGCUCUCCAUGCCAGUGACUCAGGCAGACCUUGAAGCUCUGGCAUUCCAGCAGGACCUGGCUCUACAUGCCCACCACUCAUUCCAGUCUGGCUACAAGCCACCGCAGGACAAAUCUUAUCGAAAUAGACUGCAGCGUACAAAUCGCUCCCCUGGUCCAGGCCCUCAGCCUGCUGGAAGGAACUCCCCAGGCAACGCUGUCACCAGCAUGUUGUCCCCAUCAUUUACACCCACAUCUGUGAUUCGCAAAAUGUACGCGACAAAAGAUAAAAGCAGAGAUGAACCAUCGAGUCGUUCAGAGACAAAGGAGGAGGCAGGAGGUCACUCUCAAGAAGAUGGCAGCUCUCCAAAUCUAUACAUGGAAGGGAUGGACGGGAAUGCUGCCCAGUCUGGGGGGGUGAAGGUCAGCUCGCAGACCUUGCCAAACAAGGACCAGGAGCGUCUAAGGCCUGGCUCCGCUGGAUACCAUACACCCACCAUGGCACCUCCAGGACCUGCCUCGUCUUUCCCUCGUCCCAUCUAUCCGGUACCGCUGCUAUCUCAUGUACCUAUGGGGCGUCCUCCUCCCCAGCUCCCCCCUAACGUGGUUCAGCGAAUGCUAGCACAGGGUAUCCAGCCCCAGCAGCUUGGACCUGCUCUUGUGCAAGCAGGUAUAUUUCCAUCACACGUUGACCUUGCACAACUUCAAGGCUUGCCUCCUGCCCUGCUUGGACAACCGCUGUACCCUCUAAGUGCAACAGGGCAUCCACUUCUACCUCCCAGAGCAAGUACUCAGAUGCAGUUAGCAGUAAUGCAGCAGCAGCUUCAGCAACAGAGACCAAUGCAUCCAGGCAUCCCAGGCCCUCAGUCGCAGAGCCAUGGCCCUCACCGGACAAACGGCUCCCAGCGACAUGGGGGCAGUCCCCCUCUAGGCCUCGCCAAGUGGUUCGGCACAGAUGUGCUAGAACAGCCACUCCCCUCCAUGCCAGCCAAGGUCAUAAGUGUAGAUGAGUUGGAGUUCCGGCCAUAAGAAAAUAAAUGCUGUGCUUGAUAGCAAGAUGAUUAUUAUUAUAAUUUUUUUUUUUUUUUUGUCCAUCUCCACCUCCUCCUACCAUUUAAAAAUGUGAACUUUAAUUUGAAAGACAGUGCACAGACCUGGACA